AUGAAGAAAAAACUGUCAGACUUCACUAUGCAGUUGGUUCUCCUUGUUUUUUUGGUGUGGAAACCAGCAAGGUUGGUGCUGGCUGACCCUCAAGAAGAUGAAGCUAAGAAUAAUAUUACCAUCUUUACAAGAAUUCUGGACAGACUUCUUGAUGGUUAUGAUAAUCGUCUUAGACCAGGAUUGGGAGACAGCAUUACUGAAGUCUUCACAAAUAUCUAUGUGACAAGCUUUGGCCCUGUCUCAGACACAGAUAUGGAAUACACAAUAGAUGUUUUCUUCCGUCAGAAAUGGAAAGAUGAAAGGUUGAAAUUUAAAGGCCCCAUGAACAUUCUCAGACUGAAUAAUCUAAUGGCCAGCAAAAUCUGGACUCCUGAUACUUUCUUUCACAAUGGAAAGAAGUCUGUGGCUCACAACAUGACAAUGCCAAACAAGCUCCUACGUAUCCAGGAUGAUGGAACUUUGUUGUAUACAAUGAGGCUUACAGUGCAAGCUGAAUGUCCAAUGCACUUAGAAGAUUUUCCAAUGGAUGCUCAUUCAUGCCCUCUGAAAUUUGGCAGCUAUGCAUAUACAACCUCAGAAGUCACCUAUAUUUGGACUUAUAAUGCAUCUGAUUCAGUACAAGUUGCUCCAGAUGGAUCCAGAUUAAAUCAGUAUGAUCUCCUAGGCCAAACAAUUGGAAAGGAGACAAUUAAAUCUAGUACAGGUGAAUAUACCGUUAUGACAGCACAUUUCCACUUGAAAAGAAAAAUUGGUUAUUUUGUCAUUCAGACCUAUCUCCCUUGCAUCAUGACAGUCAUUCUCUCUCAAGUAUCAUUUUGGCUGAAUAGAGAAUCAGUACCUGCAAGGACUGUCUUUGGCGUGACAACUGUACUAACAAUGACAACGCUGAGCAUAAGCGCUCGAAACUCCCUACCCAAAGUAGCUUAUGCUACAGCUAUGGACUGGUUCAUUGCUGUUUGCUAUGCAUUUGUGUUCUCUGCCUUGAUUGAAUUUGCCACAGUCAAUUACUUCACAAAAAGAGGAUGGGCAUGGGAUGGAAAGAGUGUGGUCAAUGACAAGAAAAAAGAGAAGGCAUCUGUCAUGAAGAAGAACAAUGCUUAUGCUGUAGCUGUGGCCAAUUAUGCUCCAAAUAUCACCAAGGACCCAGUUCUUUCCACCAUCUCCAAGAGUGCCACCACAGCAGAAACCAACAAGAAACCAGAGGGAAAGCCCGCAGAAGCAAAGAAAACAUUCAACAGUGUUAGCAAGAUAGACAGAAUGUCUAGAAUAGUUUUUCCAGUCUUAUUUGGUACUUUUAAUUUAGUGUACUGGGCUACUUAUCUCAACAGAGAACCUGUGCUUUUAGGGUUUGCUCCAUCAACCUAA